AUGGUCAAGCACGAAGCCGAAGAGCACCCAGAGCUGCAGCAUCCCUCUACGAAACGCGCCAAGCAGAUCGAUGCGGAUACACCCUUCAACGAGCUUCUCCGACAUCUUGACUCCCAGGAUUCAAUUGACCAUGUGGAGAAUGUCAUCCACUGGUUUAGGAGCAAAGAUUUACGCAUCCACGACAACAAAGCUCUCCACAAUGCUUCCUUGCUGGCCAAGCAGAAAUCGAAGCCCCUCGUCUGCGUUUACGUUUAUUGCGCCGAGGAGUUCCAAUGGCAUGGAACAAGUCCUGCAAGGAGCGACCUCAUCCUCCAGACACUUGGACUGAUGCAAGCAGAGCUGAAAGAACUCCACAUACCCCUCGUCUUCGCGACCGCCGAAGGGCGCAAAGAGAUCGUACCUACCAUUGUCAACUUCCUCAAAAAGAAUGAUGCCUCACAUGUCUUUGCGAAUUUUGAAUACGAGGUGGAUGAGCUUCGAAGAGACAUCAAGGCGUUCAAGGACAUAGGGAACAGUGUCCAGUUCUCGCUAUAUCACGACCAAACCGUUGUGGUACCGGGAGAAGUGAAGACGGGCAGUGGAGGGCCCAUGAAGGUCUUCUCGCCCUAUCAUCGCAUCUGGCUUGGAUUGGUCAAAGAGUCUCCAGAGCUACUCGACACUGUACCCGGUCCCGAAAGGAACGCUUCGAUGCCAGACGUCAAAGGUGCCUCGCAUGAUGUUCCACCAGUACCCGAGAAUAAGCAAUUCGACUCGGAUGAGACAAAGAAAAGAAUUCGAAAACUUUGGCCAGCCGGCCACGCCGCAGGCAUUGACCGUCUAAACCACUUCAUCCACAAGCAAAUCGAAAAUUAUGCGAAAACUCGCAGCGACCCCUCCAAAGACUCCUCCUCUCGCAUGUCCGCUUACUUCUCCUCUGGUACCGUCAGCGUCCGGGAAGCCCUUUCCGCCCUCCGCUCCUACAACAGCAAUAGCGCCGACUUCAGCGAAAAGGGAGCCAGCCCAGGUGUCUAUUCUUGGGUUCGCGAGAUCGUCUUCCGAGAGCUAUACAGACAGAUGAUGGUUGUGAUACCGCACAAUAGUAUGAAUCUGCCGCAGAAUCUCAAAUUCGACUUCGUACAAUGGGAAGACGAUGAAGAUGGGUGGAAGAAAUGGUAUGAGGGCAAGACAGGCGUCCCCUUCAUCGAUGCUGGAAUGCGCCAGCUCAACCACGAAGCCUACAUGCACAACCGUCUCCGCAUGAAUGUCUCGUCCUACCUAUACUGCAACCUCCUGAUCAACUACCGCCGCGGUGAGCGCUACUUUGCCGAAACACUCGUGGAUUGGGAUCUGUGCAACAACACGCAAGGCUGGGAACCGAGCUAUACGGUUUUCAACCCUGUCAGUCAGGCAGAGAAGAACGAUCCCCAUGGUGAUUACAUCAGAAGGUGGGUUCCCGAGUUGAGAGGCGUGGAGGGAAAGGCUGUCUUCUCUCCUCACGAUAGACUACCUAAAGCAGAAUUUGAGAAGUUAGGCUAUCCCAGGCCGCAUGUGGACUGGAAGGAGACGAAGCAGAGAUGUAUGGAGAGGUUCAAGAGCGAUAUGAGAGAUGCUGAGCCAUAG